CUGACUUCAGCCCCGGUCAGUGCACGGCCACACGCAGGCCUUAUAAAAGCUUGUGCACGGACUGACACAGACUCGAGAGUGGGACGUAUCUGCGCUUUCCUGUGCGCCCUUCACUGCUGAAAGAGAAGGCGAACUAUCAGACGUGCAGCCCACUAGAGGUGACCCCGUGACCCUGUGACCCCGUGACCCUGUGACCUUGAAGGACAUGAUGAAGGUGACAGUGCUGGCGCUCUCCUCCUGCCUGGCCUGGCUGUGCCAGGCGAAGCCCUCCUUUCCCGAGCAGGAGAUGGAUCCGGCCUACUGGAACAGCAUGGCCCAGAACACCCUGAAGAACGCGCUGGCCCUAGAGCAUCUCAACCGAAACGUCGCCAAUAACCUCAUCCUCUUUCUCGGAGACGGAAUGGGAAUUCCCACUGUCACCGCAGCUCGAAUCCUGAAAGGCCAGCUCAGCGGACACAGCGGGGAAGAGACAGAGCUGGAGAUGGACAAGUUCCCCUACCUAGCGCUCUCUAAGACGUACAACACGGACGCCCAGGUGGCAGACAGCGCUGGCACCGCCACGGCGUACCUGUGCGGGGUGAAGGCCAACGAGGGCACCGUGGGCGUGAGCGCCGCCGCCAUGCGCUCCCAGUGCAACACCACCGCCGGGAACGAGGUCACCUCCAUCCUCAAGUGGGCCAAGGACGCAGGGAAGUCUGUGGGCAUCGUCACCACCACGCGUGUGAACCACGCCACCCCCAGCGCGGCCUACGCCCACUGCGUCGAUCGUGAUUGGUUCUCCGACGGCGAGAUGCCCACCGAGGCGCUCGAGGCAGGCUGCAAGGACAUCGCCCGGCAACUGAUGGAGAACAUCCCAAACAUAGACGUAAUCAUGGGGGGAGGGAGGAAGUACAUGUACCCCAAAAACACGUCGGACGUGGAGUACCCCGGAGAGCGCAAACACAUGGGCACCCGCAAGGAUGGCAGGAACCUGGUGAAGGAGUGGAGAGAGCGAAUGAAGGGACAGAGAGGCCAUUACGUGUGGAACCGGAAAGAUCUCUUGGCUCUAAAUCCCCACAAAGUGGACUACUUACUGGGUCUAUUCGAGCCGGGCGACCUGCCCUACGACCUGGACAGGAACACUGAGACGGAGCCCUCCCUGACCGAGAUGGUGGAAGUGGCCAUCAAGAUCCUACGGAAGAACAAGAACGGGUUCUACCUGCUGGUGGAGGGGGGCCGGAUCGACCACGGCCAUCACGAUGGCAAAGCCAAGCAGGCGCUGCACGAGGCGGUGGAGAUGGACCGGGCCAUCGGCCGGGCGGGGCUCAUGACCAGCAUCCACGACACGCUGACCGUCGUCACCGCCGACCACUCCCACGUCUUCAACUUCGGCGGCUACACCACGCGCGGGAACUCCAUCUUCGGACUGGCCCCCAUGGUGAGUGACGUGGACCAGAAGCCCUUCACCGCCAUCCUGUACGGAAACGGACCGGGCUUCAAGAUGGUGAACGGCGUGAGAGAGAACGUCUCCACCAUCGACUACAGUGAGAAUAACUACCGGGCGCAGGCUGCGGUGCCCCUGAGCAUGGAGACUCACGGGGGGGAGGACGUGGCGGUCUUCUCCAAGGGCCCCAUGGCCCACCUGCUGCACGGGGUGCGGGAGCAGAACUACAUCCCCCACGCCAUGGCCUACGCUGCCUGCAUCGGCCAGAACACCCGCCACUGCCGGUCUGCGAACAGUGCCCCCCCCAGCGCCCUCCCAGUGCUGUCCAGUCUGGGGGCACUCCUGAUACUGACCCAGCUGCUCUGCUGACCCCCCCCCCCCCCCCACGCCCCCAAAACAAUAAAUAAAUAAAAAACCUGCUUAGAGGAUCCCAUCAGGUAUGGACUGUUGUUACAUUAGAUUAGUUAUUUCAGCUGACGCUUUUAUCCAAAGCGACUUACAUUGAUUUGACCACGCAGGGGCCAAUGUCCCCUGGAGCAAUGUGGGAUUAAGGGCCUUGCUCAACCGCCCAACAGCUGCAUGUAUUUUUAUUUAUUUAUUGUGGCUACACUGGGGCUUGAACCACCAACCUUCCAGGUCCCAGUCAAGCACCUUAGCCACUAGGCUACAGGCACCUUAGCCACUAGGCUACAGGCACCUUAGCCACUAGGCUACAGGCACCUUAGCCACUAGGCUACAGGCACCUUAGCCACUAGGCUACAGGCACCUUAGCCCCGAGCCUGUAGGCUGCCCCGUUACUGUGGGCAGUGGAGGCUUCACACUCUUUCCACUAAGAUUAUAACCACAAAUGGGCUUUUUAUUUUUGGAUAAUUUUUACAAAAUAAUAAUAAUAAUAAUCAUAAUCAUAACCAUGCACCAGACUAUGGAAUCAUCAGCUAAGGAAACCAAGGGAACUGUCGCCAAGCGCCGUGUACGGGAUCCGCCAGGGGGGCGAUCAGAAGGCACUGCAACAGAGAGAGGAGGAGGAGGAGGGCAGGGUGACAGGAAGAGGAAGAGGAGCGCAGAGUGACACGGAAGAGGAAGAGGAGCGCAGAGUGACACGGAAGAGGAAGAGGAGCGCAGAGUGACACGGAAGAGGAAGAGGACGUGUGCUGUGUGGAACGCCAGAAGGAGUUGUCCAUUAAAUGGAAUUCUACUUUUAAAUUUUAAAUGUUUUAAUUUCCCCACUGACGGGCGUAAUCACGUGGCCACUCAGGCGGUGAAACAAAGUAGUGUAGUGUAUUUGUAGGUCGUUUCCUGGAGAGAGAAAAAACACAUUGAUUUGUAAGAACGACAUAACAUAAUAUUUUUGAAAAUUAGAAUUUUAAAUGUGUAAUCUGUCAUACACAUCAUUUUAAAGUGAGCAAUGUUCACCCUUACUGAUAUUUUGGUGUCUGCCAUUUAGUGGAGUUAUGGGCCCUCGGUUGGACAGAAACGGAGCACUUUGAUGUUCAAAUGGUAUUUCUGAUCCCUUAGUAAUGAAACACAAAUGUAUUGUUUUGCCCUUGCUAAUUAUCAAAGGUUUUCAACAAAGAAUGAUCUACCUCACAUGCCCGAAGAACCACUUCAAGAGAUUGACUGUUAUUUUUCUCUCAAACGUCAUCUUGACAAAUGCUUAAAUCAUACCUGAAAUUUUGUAUUUAGCGGGGAGAAAGUUUGAACAAGCAAAUUCUGAGCAGCAAGCAAAGUUUGUGUUCAAAAGGCAUCAAAAGUGAACACGUCGGAGGUAUAGACAGUGUCACCAUAGAAGUGUAAUUCAUGAGUAAUGAAUAAUCCCUGUUCAUCACCUAAUUCUCCGUGGUCAGUGGCGGUAUGUUUCCCUUUACUGUUUAAUGUCAGAUACUGCCUUUAGUUCAUUUCACAAGGGCUGGGUAGAGGUUUGUAAUAUGGGUCAGUUCCUCUGCACUAAUUCUGUGUUUUUAAUAAACCUAGAACCUAAAA